CCGGUCAACCCGUCGCCAUGACCUCUGCAGCACGACGAUCGCUUGCUACCAGCAUGGGUGUGGGACUUGCAGCUAGCAGGAACAGUGAGUCCGCUCGGACGGGUAGAGGAAGAGGAGUGCCCUCUCGAAGCAGUGCUGACAAUGCGUAUCAUAUCUUCUUGUGCUUUGCCUUGCCCCAACCUUACUCUAGCACUGCGAGCCGCUCCUCUAGCCAGCUCCGUCCGUCUCCUCAGCACGAGCACCACCUCAUCAUACCCACGCAUCGCAUCCACCUCUGUCCUCCCAUCGUCCGCACCUCGCCUCGAGCCAGUGCGAUCUUUUGCUACGACGAGCAAGAAUGAGCUUGCAGAGCCUGCUACGAUGAGCGAGGUGGCCAACAGGGGAUCGAAUGCACUUAGCUUGCAGCAGCCAAAGAACGGAGCAGGUGAGUAAGUGAGAAAGGUAGAGCGAGGUCUUGGAAAUGGGAGGGUGGGCAGAGAAUAUCGGAAGUGAUGAUGGGCGGACAGGGCAAUGCUUGUGGCAAGGCGUCAAACGGUUGCCAGAUGCAGCAUAGUCCCAUGCCUACGGUGUCGCACGAGGUGCACAGUACAGCUCCCUACCUAGGCCUCGAGGACCGCUGCUUUCUCUCUCUCGUGAGCUCGUGCGAGCAUCAGCUCACCUCAAUUUACCGCCCUUCUUUCCUCGCAGAGUACGUGCUCUCCACAAUGGACAAGAUUGUCAACUGGGCAAGGCAAGGUUCAAUGUGGCCCAUGACCUUCGGUCUGGCCUGCUGUGCCGUAGAGAUGAUGCACGUCGCUACUGCCCGUUACGAUCAGGACCGACUGGGUGUCGUGUUCCGAGCCUCGCCCCGUCAGUCCGAUGUGAUGAUCGUCGCCGGUACCCUCACCAACAAGAUGGCUCCUGCCCUCAGGAAGGUGUAUGACCAGAUGCCUGAGCCCAGGUGGGUCAUCUCGAUGGGUUCGUGUGCCAACGGAGGAGGUUACUACCACUGUGAGUGUGCAGAGACGAAUGGUGACUUGAGCCAGAAGUUCAGACGACUUACACCUCACGCCUGUCUGCUUUUGAUCCACUACAGACUCGUACUCGGUGGUGCGAGGCUGUGACCGUAUCGUGCCUGUUGACCUGUACGUCCCUGGCUGCCCACCCACAGCAGAGGCCCUGCUGUAC